GGUCACUCUGGAUACAUUUACAUUAGUUUUUUGUUUAUGUUGGGAAGUCGUCGGAAAAUUCGGCUGUUUUGUAUGUGUGCCGCAAUGAAAAGCUGCUAAAAAGCUAAAUAUAAAAAUCAGCGCAGCGCGCGGCCGUCUGUCGGUGCAUUGUUUUCUAAGUGCAGUCAGUAGGCAGCAGCAAUUGAUGAGGAAAAAUUAUGUGAAGCAGAAACGCAGUUUUUGUUUGUGUGUAUAUGUAUGUACAUUGUGUGCUUCUGUAUGUGUAUUGUGCAAUGAAACUGGAAAACCAUUAUUAUUAAUGAAAACGCGUGAAAUGUACAACGAGAACGACAACGACAACGACCAACUCCUCCCACUUGUACGUGUUGUAGGGGUGAAGGGAGUUUGACUGCUGUGUCUGUGCGCUAGUGUGUGUGCGUGUGUGUUACUGCGUGCACGAUAAGGCUUGUAUUUGCGGGCAAUAUAUAAUUGAAUAUAUAUGCAGAGUAAAUGUCAAAGAAGACGACGCGUAAUAUGCACACACAUUAAUAAGAGCAAAAGGUCAAAAGUUAAGCUGAAAACAGGACCAAGACACCGUAAUGUUGUAAGUCAGCGACAGCAAUAAGAGAGCGAGAGAGAGAGAGAAAGAGAACGAGCGCAUGUUGGUGUGAGUGUACACGAUAAGAACAAAGAGAAGAGCGAAGAGCACGAAAAACCCGUCUAAGAAACAGCAGCAGAGGAGGGCAAAACAAAAGACUGCUUAAAACUAAUAAACAAACAAAAGCAACUCAAAUAAUAACAACCAUAAAAUAAAUACAAACCGAAAAUGUCGGCCGCGGAGCUUGAGACUGAAAGUUCCGCACAGGAGCAGCAAUCGAAACAACCACAACAACAACAACAACAUAACGAACAUACAAGCAACAAUAACAGCACUGCCAAUGAUGCUGAAGCCAAUACCUUUGGCAUAGACCUAGAAGAAACCAUUGAGACUAUGACAUCAAGCAACAACUACAACAUUGAUAUGGAGCAACAACAGCUGCAGCAUAAUAAUAUGCAGCAGCAUGCGCAAAUGCAACAGCAGCAACAACAACAUGUACAACAUGCACAGCAGGAGCAAGAACAACAGCUAGAGCAACAGGGCGAUAUGGGGUUGGGGAUGACACUGAUGCAAUCAUCGCCACCACCACACAGCUAUCGACACUCACGAGCCUAUCGCCACUUCAAAAACCCGCCACAGCCCCACAUGUGCAUUCGCACCACCACUGAAACUGGCGAGGAGUUGUUUAUCAAUGUGCUAAGUUGGACACGUAUUGUCAUACCACAGGAGCCCAGUGAUCCAAUACCUUUGUAUGGAGGCAUGCGCGUGCCGCCUGGCAGCCCGCGCAGUCCUCCAAUUGUGUUUGCCGUUAUGGCGAAUCCUGAAGUGCUCAAAGACUCGGGACGCCAUAGCAAGGAUCCAGAGGAACGACGCGCUAUGGUGGAGCUAAUGUGCGACUUUGUGGAGGCUAUGAAUCCUGGCGUGAAACUAGUCAGAAACGCCGUCAUACUCAAGGAUCGUGACAUUUCGGGCGAGCUUAAGGAUGUCUGGAAUGCUGUGCAGGCGCAGCGGGACCGUGAGCGUGAAGAGCAAAUGUUACAGCAGCGCCAACAGCAGCACUAUCAAAAUAUCACUACGCAACAAAUGUUUCCCAAGUCACCGGAUGCAAUGCGUGCUGGAAGCGCUGCUCAGUCAAAUGCAUCGGAGAUCGGCUUGCCGCCAGCAUAUAAUGCCGAUCUUAUGACGACUGAUCAUGGGAAUGGCAUUACACUGGCCGUAUUUGCCCAGCAGUUGGAUAACAAGGUAGCCAGUGAACAGUCGGAUGAGCAGCAGCAAGAGCAACAAGCGGGUAGCAACGAGUCAACGCCUGGCGAUUCUUGCGGUGAUCAAACGGAUGCGGGUGUCGUUGUUAAUGGUAACAGCGGAUCUCCAUCUGCUUCAGAGUCUCUAUCAACAGUCGAGCAAGUGACACAAGAGCCAGAGAGCAGAUCUGCUAAUACGACUACCAGCAAUGGUUGUAGUAUUCCAACAAAUGUGACAACAGCUCCAACGCCAAACGCUGCUGCUGUUCAGCCCACAGCUACACCUACGCCCACGCCUCCCGCAACCACGCCACCUCCAGCAGCGCCAGUAAAGAAGGAGAAGCUUGGUGGCUUCUUGCCCAACGGUUGCAUAUUCCCGCGCUUCAAGAAUAACAAACACAAGGAUAAGGAUGGCAAUCACAAGGAGAGCAAGAGCAAAGAGAAAACCCUGCUGAAUGCGCUGAAGAAGAGUAAGGAGAAGAAGGUGGCACCCAGCGAGCAAGCACCCAGUGACAAAACAGCCACGGACAAUGGCACCACACAGUACGAGAAGAACUGCAUCAACAAUCUCGAGUGCGAGGUGCAGAAACUCGACCUGAAUAGCAGCAACAACGACAACAAUAUGUUCAUCAAGCUGAAAGUGGCGCCCAGUGCAGCAUCGGCAGCGGCUGCUGUGGCCAAGUAGUUAAGUAUAACUGAUAACAAUGAUAACAUAAAGUUUCAUAAGUAGGAAGAGUAAAGGAUAUCCGAGUAAACAGGCACGAUACGAGUAAUGAGUAGAGAGAGAACUACCUUUCGGGUAGCACUAGCACUUCACUAGCACCUAGGAGUAUUUAGAGUCGUGGACAUUUAAUAUAUACGAGAUUUACAUAAGUCAUACAUAUAUAUACAUAUAUACAUAUAUAUGUAUACAAAGUACGUUUAUAUAUGAAUAUAUAUAUACAAUAUAUACCGUUGUAUCAGUCAAUUUUUGAAGGCAAAUCGACAGACUCUCAGUGUAAUAACAUCUGAAAAAAGAAAAAUAUAAUAUUGUGCCAUGCUCCAUUCAAACUCAAAUACAUAUAUGUAUAUAUACAUAUCUUUAUGUAUGUAUGUAUAUGUAGCGCCCAAUUUGUCUGGGUUUGUCAUCCAUAGUUUCUCCAUAAUUCUUCCCCGGCAUACGUAAAGAUUAACAAAUAUAAAAAUCAAGUAUUUAUAUAGUUCAAUAUUUGUAUGUUUCGCAUACAGUUUGCCUUAUAUACAAACCAAAUGAGAGAGAAACGGAAAAUAAAAGCAAAUAAGUAAAAUAGAGAACUUAAAUAUUAGGUCAUCAAACCAAUCAAUGGCAAUCGUAAAAAGAAACUCAUGCGCCAAAUUAUGAUCAGAAAUAUGUAGACAAAAGAAAAUCACACGCACACACACAGCAAUGGACAUUGCACGAAAACCCUUAUCAUCCACUAGUUAUUAGACUAGCGAGGGCCUAUUGAUACAAUAGAAAAUAGAACCCAGCUGUACAAGUAUUACGCAUUCAUUUUUCCUAUACCACUCUGCUCAAAUGAUCUCCAAGUUUUAUUUUUUCGGUUCUUUGAAGUUUAAACUCGUGUGAACGACGACGCAGGCUCUAUAAAGUACCUUUUUUGUGACCUUGCAUUAUCACUAUUAUCCAUAUGAGAUGCUAUAUAUUGUUUUCUAUUUCUAAAUGCUUUGUUUUGCCUUAUUUCAAUAUCAACUAAAGUUAAUUACUUCAGUAGUCAAAGAACAGUUCCAAAUUACUUGAGUAAUGCAAAUCAAAUGACCUGAAAGAAAAAGUACUCAUAUGAUAAACAUCUAUUCUAUUCUAUAUUGUUAUUGUAUUGUUUAUUUAAAGUUUGUUUUUCCAUUUUCUAUUCACAUGUCGUUCGCACUAAUUGAGCAGAACUUCAAGAGCUCUCGAUAUAUUUAUAUAUUUAAACCACAAAAAUGCAGUGAAAAUUUAAUAGAACUUAAUGUGCAAAAGAAAAAACUCAAUAUUGGACUGAACAAAGCUGCCAUAUAUAAAUCACAUACAUAUGUACAAGCAUAUAUAUCCGUAUAUAUAUGUAUAUAAGUAUAUAUACACAACGCAUAUAGGCGAGUAUACGAGUACAUAUGUGUGCAUUUGUAAUGUUUGCUUUUCAUUUAAAACGAAAAUUCAAUUGUGAUUCAUUUGAAAAUCAAAUUUUUGUUUUUAACAUCGAAAACUAUUUUCAACAUAAUUACAAAAAAAAAUAUAUAUAUAUACUGAAAAUCGAAUAAACAAAUCAGUUAACUUUGGUCAGCCGAAGUUUGGAUACUCUUUCAAAAUAGAGCUAAAGGAAAUAUCUUUUAAAAAAUCUAACGAAACAAAAUGUAAACUCUUUUCAAAAAAAAUUUUGGCUUUUACUUUUGUCUCAUUAAAUAUUGCCUUUUGCAAGAGUACUAUAAAAAUUUGAUAAAAUAUAUUUUAUGCAACGCCCAAAAGCAUGCUAUAAAACUUUUUGAGUCUCAGUUUAGAGAUUUGUUUUGUUUCGUUUUUCUCUCUAAAAUGCAUUUCGCCAGCCUUCAGUGCCAUAGAAACAAUGGCAUUGCAUUUAUAGAAAAGAAGAACAAAAAUA